AUGACAAAAGAUUGUAGACUUCUCGGAACAUUCGAUCUCUCUGGAAUCCCACCGGCUCCAAGGGGAACACCACAAAUUGAAGUGACAUUUGAAGUGGACGCGAAUGGUAUAUUGAACGUGAAGGCAGAGGACAAGGCUUCUGGUAAAUCAGAGAAGAUAACAAUUACAAAUGAGAAAGGGAGAUUGAGUCAGGAGGAGAUUGAACGAAUGGUUAGGGAGGCAGAGGAGUUUGCUGAAGAAGACAAAAAGGUGAAGGAAAAGAUUGAUGCCAGAAAUGCCCUUGAGACUUAUGUCUACAAUAUGAAGAAUCAAAUUGGUGAUAAGGAUAAAUUGGCUGAUAAGCUUGAGAGUGAUGAGAAGGAGAAGAUUGAGUCGGCAACAAAGGAGGCGCUUGAGUGGUUGGAUGAGAAUCAGUCGGCUGAGAAGGAGGAGUAUGAUGAGAAGUUGAAGGAAGUUGAGGCUGUUUGUAAUCCUAUUAUUACAGCUGUUUAUCAGAGGUCUGGUGGGGCUCCAGGUGGUGGAGCUGAGUCAACGGAAGAUGAUGAUGAACACGAUGAACUUUAGGUUAUUUUUGGGGGGUGAGAGAAGAUAGAGGAGAUGAGAGAAGAUAGGGUUUGUAGUAUAAUUUUGGAUUAUUACUUGAACUUGAAAGUUGAGGUUUUAUUAUGCUCACUUUGGUUUAUUUUUAGUCUAAGUGAAGUGAAACUCUUGAAUUUGUGUAUCAUUUAAUGUUUAAACGACUUUCCUACAUCUUUAUUGCUAUUUCCUACAUCUUUAUUGGUAAAAGACAGG